GGGAGGCCUGUAGAAACAGCACCAUCACGAUUAAACUAAUGCUAAGUAUUUAUCUCUCCACAUAUAUGGCUAAAAGGAUGAGCAUUGUGUAGCAGCUAAUGCCCAUCACGAGACUAACAGGAGACUUACUGUUAUCUCCUGUCUACAUUCACUGAGGUUUCCUGGAGUGUGGAUCUGAUUCCCUUGUGUGAAUUGUCUAUGAGGAAAGCCAAAGCCCGGGACCUUACUCACACUUGAGAAAAACCUUGGACUUUACUAAAAACCGUGGACCAUACCAAGACAAAAACAUUGGACCUACUAAGACAAGAGCCUUGGACUUUACCAACAGAAGAGCCUUGGAUCUAGAAGAAGAGCCUUGGAUCUAAAAGAAGAGCCUUGGAUCUAGAAGAAGAUCAUUGGAUCUAGAAGAAGAUCCUUGGAUCUAGAAGAAGAGCCUUGGAUCUAGAAGAAGAGCCUUGGAUCUAGAAGAAGAGCCUUGGAUCUAGAAGAAGAUCCUUGGAUCUAGAAGAGCCUUGGACUCAAGGCUUACUAAGACAAAACUUUGGAAAGCUUUGCACAGAAGAAGACGAUGAGUUUUGACAGUGUUCCCUCCAGGUCAGAGGUGAUGGGGUGGAACGCACGUAGUCUAGCCGACUAUAUGAAGAGGCUGAGGCUGUCCAGCUGUGACAAAGUGGUGAUGAAGACUAGCAUGAACGGAGCACGCUUUCUGAAGAUGAAAGAUGGCGACCUUCAGAAGUUUCCCACCAUUCAUAUUCCAGUCAUCACUGAGAUCUGUAGUGAGAUCAACAGGAGUGAAGAGGAGAGGGGGUUCAGUCAGAGAUCAAGGGAACCUAAGAGACAUCAACAAGAUUUUGUACAAGAGGAAGAUGAAGCCUGGGAUUCAGAAACGUUUGAUAUGAGUGAUAAUGACUAUGAGAACCCUGAUGAGGAUGACAGUUAUAUCUGUGCCUUGUCUGACCGCCUGCCACCUGCAGAGGGAGAGGAGGAAGAGGGGAGUGAUGGUGACUAUGAGCCUCCUCCCUCAGCUACAGAGGAGAUCCCCCGCCUCCUCAAUCUCCCUAAGCCCCUAGGGAACAGUGACUAUAUAGAUUCCGUGCGUGGAGGUCCGUCAGGAACUCUUCCUACCGGAAGGAUUCCGAGACCACCCCAGCGCCCUGGUCCUCAGGCUCUGGCCACCAGCCAUAACACACUGGCCAGACCUCCCACAUCCAGACUAGACCCCUCCCCUCAGAGGCCAUUCAAAGCUGCUGGUAAACGCCCUUCUGUCCCCAUGGUCGACCGAAGCAAGAAGCCUGGACAGCCCGCUCCCACCAAGAAACAAUAUCACACAAACACCAAAACAACUCCUACAAGAGAGUGCAGUCCAUUCAGCUCUCCCCAGCCCGCCAUAGUGAAGCCACCUCAACUAAAGGGCCCAAAGCCACCAGACUAUAGAGCCAGCUCCAGUAAACCUCCUUCAAUGGUCCCCAACACAAUGCCAGGCACAGAGAAGGACAUUGAUCCUGAGUGGUAUGGAGGACUGGUGACCAGAGGCCAGGCUGAAGCAUCUCUCAGAUGGGUUAACAAGGAUGGAGCGUUUCUGGUGAGGGACAGUUCCAAGGGCUCUUCUGAGCAGCCCUACACCCUCAUGGUGCUGAACCAUGGCAAGGUCUACAACAUCCAGAUACGUCACCAAGGCAACACAUACCACCUGGGCACCGGCCUCAUGGGUAGCGAGAGUUUCCCAGGAGUGGAGGAGAUGAUAGAACACCACACACACACCCCUCUGCUGCUCAUAGACAUGGAGAAUGGAACUGGAGCACAGAGCCAGUGCUGCCUGCUGCACCCUGCACCACUCUGACCAGAACCAGCAGCACACAAAACACUGUGUGUGUGUGUGUGUGUGUGUGUGUGUGUGUGUGUGUGUGUGUGUGUGUGUGUGUAAUUUUUAGAUUGUGAUCAUGAAACAGAGAAAUAUGUGAAUUUCUCUUUGAUAAGAAGCUCUUUUUGUUUCUUUUGACCAUUUUAAUUGAAAACCAUCACAGUCAGGUACUUCACUGUUACCCAGAAAUGAUGUGAUAUGGAGAUAAACGCUGCAUUGGAUCUUUAACACAUCGCAGGUUGCCGUUUAUUGUCAUGAAUCUUGGUCUUGGAGGCAGAACUGAGUAUUUUCCUCUAGAUGGGGAAGCUGCAAAGUCAAAAUUGGCUAUAUCAUAGAAUGUUAUGAUACAUUUUCUUUAUUUUUUUGUCUUAAUUUAAGGUUAGGGUUAGGCAUUUGGGUUAGCAGUGUGACUACUCUGCAGAGCUGCCUCCAGGGAUUGAUUCAUGACAAUAAAUGCCAACACAUCAUAAACUAAUCAAUGGGCCUUUCCAUUCUAUGCUGUUGCUGCUGUGUUGAUCAUGCAGUUUCCCAGGAGUGAAGGAGAUGAUAGAACGCCACACACACACCCCUCUGCUGCUCAUAGACAUGGAGAAUGGAACUGGAGCAGAGGGCCAGUGCUGCCUGCUGCACCACUCUGACCAUAACCAGCUGCACAGGAGACACUGUGUGUGUUCUCAAUGACUUACCUGGUUAAAUAAAGGGUAUAAAGUAGCGUAUAAAGUAGCUGGUAGAGAGAAUAGAAGAGAGGAAAAUACAUUUUUAUUAAGAAGCCCAUUCACAAUGGAGGGUUUAUUAUAUGAUGCAUGUCGUAGGUUAAAUGUAGUGACGCUUUAUGUAUUAUACAGGUGUACAUCUGUCAAGUGUUUCAUUACAGGUGUGAAUAUGUGGACUAUUUUUGGUCCCUAUCCAGUUCUAUAACCCAUUGGCUCUAUGCUUUCCACGCACUUCCACCUUUCUUCUCUAUCCUCAGCUUCAUUUCCUCUCCUUUUCCUCCUCCCACACUCCUCACCCUGAGGUCAUGUUUGGCCAGGUCAACCCGUUCCACUCUGUUCAGAAAGGCCAUCUUGUCUGGGUGGCUGAAGUCACACGAUCAGGGCACACUGUCUCAGCUGGGACCACACUGUGAACAGAAGAAAAAAGGAACAAAAUAAACACAUUGUAAAAUAAAGAA